AUGGUAAGAUCGGCCCUGCAUGACUUGGAAAUAACUAGCAACUACUACUUUGACCACAACCACAAUCGCACCUACGACUACCAAAGGACAACAACAACCACUAUUUCUCCUAAGACCACCGAAAAAAUAACAACAACCAAAAUCGCCUCUACAGCCACGUUAGCACCUACGAGUACAGAAGAAUUGAGCACAACCACAAUCGCUCUUACGACCACCGAAGGAUUGACAACAACCACUAUCGCUCCUACAACCAUCCAAGGAAUCAACGCUACUGUAACAACAACAACCACUAUCGCUCAAACGUCGACCACCUUAGCUCCUACGACCACCGAAGAAAUAUCCACAACCACUAUAGCACCUACAACCACCGAAGUAAUUACUACUUUGGCAACAACAACCACUGUCGCUCCUACACCCACCGAAGAAAUAACAACAACCACAAUCGCCCCUACCGCCACUGAAGAAAUAGCUACAACCACGUUAGCACCUACGAAUACAGGAGAAUUGAACACAGCCACAAUCGCUCCUACGACCGCCGAAGGAUUAACAACAACCACUAUAGCUCCUACAUCUACCGAAGGAGAAAACCCUACUUUAGCAACAACAACCACUGUCGCUCCAACAACCACCGAUGAAAUAACAACAACCACAAUGGCCCCUACAACCAAUGAGGAAAUUUCUACAACCACGUUAGCACCUACGAGUACAGAAGAACUGAACACAACCACAAUUGUUCCUACAACCACCGAAGGAAUAAAAACUACUUUAGCAACAACAACCACUGUUGCUUUUACAACCACCGAUGAAAUAACAACAACCACAAACGCCCCUACAACCACUGAGGAAAUUACUACAACCACGUUAGCACCUACGGGUACAGAAGAAUUGACUACAACCACAAUCGUUCCUACAACCACCGAAGGAAUAAACACUACUUUAGCAACAACAACCACUGUCGCUUCUACAACCACCGAUGAAAUAACAACAACCACAAACGCCCCUACAACCACUGAGGAAAUUACUACAACCACGUUAGCACCUACGAGUACAGAAGAAUUGACUACAACCACAAUCGUUCCUACAACCACCGAAGGAAUAAACACUACUUCAGCAACAACAACCACUGUCGCUCCUACAACCACCGAUGAAAUAACAACAACCACAAACGCCCCUACAACCACUGAGGAAAUUACUACAACCACGUUAGCACCUACGAGUACAGAAGAAUUGACUACAACCACAAUCGAUCCUACAACCACCGAGGGAUUAAACACUACUUUAGCAACAACAACCACGGUCGCUCCUACAACCACCGAUGAAAUAACAACAACCACAAACGCCCCUACAACCACUGAGGAAAUUACUACAACCACGUUAGCACCUACGAGUACAGAAGAAUUGACUACAACCACAAUCGAUCCUACAACCACCGAAGAAAUAAACACUACUUUAGCAACAACAACCACUGUUGCUUUUACAACCACCGAUGAAAUAACAACAACCACAAACGCCCCUACAACCACUGAGGAAAUUACUACAACCACGUUAGCACCUACGAGUACAGAAGAAUUGACUACAACCACAAUCGUUCCUAUAACAACCGAAGGAAUAAACACUACUUCAGCAACAACAACCACUGUCGCUCCUACAACCACCGAUGAAAUAACAACAACCACAAACGCCCCUACAACCACUGAGAAAAUUACUACAACCACGUUAGCACCUACGAGUACAGAAGAAUUGACUACAACCACAAUCGAUCCUACAACCACCGAGGGAUUAAACACUACUUUAGCAACAGCAACCACGGUCGCUCCUACAACCACCGAUGAAAUAACAACAACCACAAACGCCCCUACAACCACUGAAGAAAUUACUACAACCACGUUAGCACCUACGAGUACAGAAGAAUUGACUACAACCACAAUCGAUCCUACAACCACCGAAGAAAUAAACACUACUUUAGCAACAACAACCACUGUCGCUCCUACAACCACCGAUGAAAUAACAACAACCACAAACGCACCUACAACCACUGAGGAUAUUUCUGCAACCACGUUAGCACCUACGAGUACAGAAGAAUUGAACACAACCACAAUCGUUCCUAUAACAACCGAAGGAAUAAACACUACUUUAGCAAUAACAUCCACUGUCGCUCCAACAGCGACUUUAGCUCCUACGACCACUGAAGGACACUACUUUAGCAACAACAACCACUACCGAUACUACAACAAGCACUACCGCUCCUACAACAACGACUACCACUCCGACAACAACCACUAUCGCUCCUAG